AUGGAGAUUGCAUCCUUCUCCGGAAUCCCUAGAGCCCAUCUCCGCUCCUCGUUUCCGUCAUCAGAGACCUUACUGCCUAGAAAGAUCGAGCUCCAUGAUUUUCGUGAUCAAUGUUCAGUGCCCCUUCAGUUGAAAACGAUAGCUCCGCCCCUUUCAUGUCGAAUUGGGUCACUUCCUCAGAAGCGGAGCUCAUUGAAGGUGUUUUGUAGCCAAAUGAGGGAAAUUCCUAUUAUCGAGUCGAGCUCAAUGGAUGAGAUAUAUAAUGCUUUGGCUGAAAGGCUUGUUCCUAAUGCAGCUGUAGCCGCAAAUCCUAAUUCCAAGCGUAUUGUGGGCUUGGCUGGCCCUCCUGGCGCCGGAAAAAGUACUUUGGCUUCUGAGGUAGUGAAACGUGUCAAUAAGUUGUGGCCCGUAAAGGCUUCUUCAUUUGAUUCACAAGUUAAUCCACCAGAUGUCGCAGUCGUUCUGCCCAUGGAUGGGUUUCAUCUAUACCGCAAGCAGCUUGAUGCAAUGGAGAACCCAGAAGAAGCUCAUGCUAGAAGGGGAGCUCCAUGGACAUUUGCUCCAAAUCUACUCCUGGACUGUCUAAAGACGUUGAGGAAUGAGGGAUCAGCUUCUGCCCCAUCAUUUGAUCAUGGUGUUGGAGAUCCAAUCGAGGAUGACAUAUUUAUAAACUUACAGCAUAAGGUGGUGAUAGUUGAAGGAAAUUAUCUUUUCUUGGAGGAAGGAGUUUGGAAAGACGUACAAUCAAUCUUCGACGAGAAAUGGUUCAUCGACGUUGAUAUAGACACGGCAAUGACUCGAGUCUUGAAAAGACACAUUUCGACAGGGAAGCCUCCAGAUGUUGCCAAAUGGAGGAUAGAGUACAAUGACCAACCCAAUGCAGAGCUCAUACUGAAGUCAAAGACGAACGCGGACCUCGUGAUCAGGUCCGUCGAUUUCUGA